CUAGUCAGUCAGCUGUGUUUUAUUUUUUAGUGAACAAGUGGGAAAAUUUUGUGUAAAGUGAAAAAGUGUAAUUAUUUAAUUAAAUUCAAUAGUUAAUAAAUAAAAAUAUAAAACAACAAGAGCUCAGCAUGGUCCACAACAUUCCGAUGCUUCCCAAAUUUUAUUACUUUGGCUAUGGCAGUAACAUGUUGGCCAAACGUAUACACAUACAAAAUCCGGGAGCUCAGCGUGUGGGUGUAGGCAAACUGCAGGACUACCGCUUAGAUUUUCAUACAUCUUCCUCCAACUGGUUGGGAGCUCCUGCCACUAUUGUACCUUCUGUAGGAGAUGUUGUUUAUGGUGCUAUAUGGGAAAUAGAUAGCUGUCAUAUUAAGGAUUUGGAUAAUCAAGAGGGCGUCCAUGACAAUAUUUAUAAACCUCUCACUUUACCAGUAUAUUGUUUGAAUUUGGAUGAAAAUAUAGAAUGCCGUUCUUAUCACUUGGUUAAUCAACCUAGUACGCAUUUAAAAACAUUAACUGCUGAUACAAUUCCUGCUACUAGACAACCUUCAAAGACAUAUUUGAAAACUUUAUUAAAGGGAGCAUUGGAAACAGGUUUACCGGAUGAUUACAUUCAAUGGUUGAAGACAAUCCAUCAUAAUAGUACAAUUGUAGAGAAAUUUGAAAAACAUUUGGAAUUGGAUAAAGUGAAUUUAUGAUUUGUAAAUUAUAACAAAAAUGUAAACAAGGAGUUGUGAAACUAGAUUAAAAAAGUAUUUAUUAACUAACAAUUUAA